AUGGCGGAGGUAGUCAAGGCCCUCCGCAAGCGACUUUCCUCACUCCCCUUCUUCUUAUCCCUGGAGGAUCGGCCGAAAGAGGCCCCUUUCCUCCCAAGCCUGAGGUUCCAGACCCCGCUUUUCGAUGUGGCCACCAGAGAGCGCAGGCGUGCCGCGCUGGGUAGAAAGCUAGCGCGCCGGACGGGGUGGAAAGGGCGGUGGGUGGCCGGCCGAGGUCGGGAGGGGCGGCGCGAGGGUGGCAACUGCGUCAGGCUUUAUGGCUGUCUGCAACCCGCUGAGUUGCGCACACCCACCAGCGCCGCCAGUAGCCAGUUACCCAGCACUCUAGGCCUAUCUCAGGGUACCCGCAUCCCCUCAGACUCCUCCCUGGCCCUGGGCCUCAAAGUUACCAAGAAAGGGAAGAAUAACACAAGGCUACCUCUUGUGGGCAACCAACUUCCAGUCAGGGGGCUCAAAAGCAUUGCUAGGAGCCCAGAAACCAGGCUCUGGGGACUGGUAAGGCCUUCUCAGGAGGCCAGACCAAACCCCUCCUGCUGCAGAUGGCAAAGCCCAAGGAGAGGCGGGGGAAAUGACUUGCCCAAGGCCACAGAAGUCUCUGGGGACAGAGCCAGACUAGAAGGUGGGUUUCCACCUCCACAAGGGCUCCUGUUCCGGGCUAGAGUCCCCUGUCACCUGGUGGGGCCUGCUCGCUGCCUUUAUUACCGGAAUGGAGCGGGGCAGCCCAGGAGUUGCAGGCAGAACAAGGCAGGGCGGGCGGGGCCGGAUGGGAGCCGGAUCUCCCCGCGGAGCGGCGCACGGCCUCUCCGACCUGUGUGGCGGCGGCGGCGGCGGCGGCGGCGGCGGCAGGUGCCUGCGUGGCGGUCCGGCCAGGCCCCCGGGCGGGUGCUGAGAGGCCGCCCCUGCCUCACGCGAGCCGAACGAACAAAACGCUCAGAGUCCUGGCAGAUGCUGAGAAAAGGCUGGUGGUGGAGGGGCCGAGCCUCAGAGCAGGCGCGGCGCAGGAAGGGGAGGGGUGGCCACUGCGCCCCGCGGCCACCUGCUGCACUGACCGGGCCUGGCGCUCAGUUCUUGUCCACCAGGCUAUGCUGGGUAAAAGGCCAGUUGGGCCCCUCCCGGAGCGCCCUCGGCUGGCCAGACCAGGCCCACCGCCAGACAGCGAGCAGCGACAACCCUCGCCCAGCCGCCGCUGGAGUGGAGAGGCGCAAGCUCCUAGCGCCUAAGUCUCCAACGAGUCUCUGCGGUUCAUCUCGGCCGCUCCCACCAUCUGUCCCUCUCAGAGCGCGCUUGCAAUUUCCUCCCGCAUUGGGGAAAUAA